AUACCGGUGCGCCGCUCUAACCAACUAAGCUAUAAACCGCUGAUAGUCCCAUUGUUUUCUAACCCUGAAAACAAUGGUCUGCAUUCAGUCUGCAGUCUGCAUUUCUUACUGUCCACCAAUUUAUACAUUAAGGAUCAACAAGACAUGAGCAUAUCAAUUUUUUUUUUAAAAAAAUAUAACAAGUUCAGCUGGGAAACCGGGGAUGAAUCAUACAAAACGUAAUACACCCUUUUAACCUAGACCUUAAAUCACUGAAUUGUGACCCGCGGUUCAGAAUCACGGUUCAGAAUGCACAAAAU